UUUGUAAAGAAACUAAGGAAAAGAAUUAAAGGAAUUUUACCCUUUAACUCAUAUCAAUUAUCAGUGAUGUCACCAGCUUCAGCGGGGUCUAAGCUUUUCGAUUAUCUGCCGCUGUCUUCAGCGACUUCAGCAUUUACAUCAACAUGUAAAUUUCUUCUUUUCGUAUGGAUAAUUGUCAUAUCAGUAACGGAUGUAUGUUGUGAGCUCAAUAAGAAUUAUCACAUAAAUCAAUUGUGUAAAAAUACAUUUUUAAGGCAACUUUAUAGAAAGGUCGAUGGUGCAACGUUGAUGAGUCAAAAUGAAAGGAAUCUUGAUUGUGAAAUAACAUUUCAGACUCAUUCAAUAUUACAAAGAUUUAUGUUAAGAUUUGACACGCUCUCAUUAGACUGUAACGAUCACCUGUUUGUAUAUGAUGGAGGGCAUGCUGCUGGAACUCCAAAAAUUGACAUCUCGUGUCGUAAUACAAAGCAAUCGGUGGGCGUUUUGUUCACAAACACAAAUCAUAUCACAUUGAAAUAUGUCACAGAUGGUUGGGGAACUGAUUCAAACGGAUUUAAGCUUGUGAUAACGGCUAUCAAAGAUCCGAAACACGAGUGUCGAGAUUUUAAAUGUGUUGCAAAUGGCUUUUGUAUCCACCCUGAACUGCUAUGCGACAGUGUCAACCACUGUUCCGAUGGCUCUGAUGAGUCAGUUAACGCAAAAUGUCAAAAUCCUACCGAAAACCAAAUUUUUGGCAUGGAGCUUACAUGGAUUGUCUUAAUCACGAUGUGCAGUAUGCUAAUAAUUUUCGCUUUUCUCGUCGGCAUUACGAUUUGCAUUUGCCGUCGAAAUGCUGUCAAUAAUGGCGCAAACCAAAAUAACAAUCAAAACACAAAUGGAAAUGUGUAUCAAACAAACAUUAACGCAACAAAUGGUUCGAAGCAUUCGACAUUGCCUCGUGAUCAGACGACGCGUUUGCCAUCAGAAAAAAUGAUGAUGGGCGAAAAUGGAAUUAAUGGAAAUCAUACAAUUCCAAGAAACUUUAACUUGUGCUUAGAAACGACGUCAAUUGACGGAGCAUCACCGAACUUAAAGUCACUGAUGGGACAAGAUUUAUUACCACAAACCAACCCGACAACCAAAGAUGAGUGGUUUGUAUAAGAAGACUAAAAUCAAGUUGAUUAAAGAGAGGAAGAAGAAGAAGAAGAAUGUUUUGUAAGUCAUUGAAACUUUAUCGUUAAGAUUGAAGAUACCUAUUUCUGUUUAAAAAGAAAAAUAAGAAAAAAGCUUCUGACUAUGUAAACCGAAGAAGAAUCUUAGACAAAUGAAAGUUUAUCGAACCGGUUUUCAUUUUCAAGAUGAGAAAAAAUUAGAUCAAUUUGGGAAUACUUAUUAGUAAAAUGUGGUGCUGUCAAUGACAGAAACAAAGGUAAAUGAAACUCUGCACUGUGAAGUUCACGGAACCAAACUUCACUUUGUCAGCUCUCACUUACCAAAACUUCCACGUCUACCACCAUUUAUUCCAUUUUAUUAAAUAAAAACCUGAUAAUCAAUUUACCUUAAAUAAAUAACAAAAAAAGUAUUAGAAAGAGAAAUGCUUGAAAAAUUAAAGAUUUUCAGUUCUGGUUGAUAACUUUAAUGACCAAAUUAGACAAAAAUAAUAAAACGGGAUCGUAAAUAAACUCAAAAACAGAGGAUAAACAAUUUUAAGGGAAGAAACACGAGUUGUAGAAAUUUUCUCUGUUUUCAAGACAUGUUCGACUUUUUAAGUGAUUUAAUUUGUUUAAUUUUUAUAUUUACGCUACAUAAACAGACAAAAAUGACUUUAAGUUGCAGCUAGUAUUUGUCUUUUUAGCUUAAAUUUUAACAAUGCAUGAUAAAUAUGAAAUAUUGAAAGAGUUUUCUAUUCAUUCCGAUGGUUUCUUAGGUUUAAAGUGAUAAAGUUUCGUAAGAUUUAAUUUAAAAGUCAUCAUGUUUUUUCCCUUGAAUAAAUCGAACGAAUAUUUGUACUUUGACAUAUUAAGCUCAGUGAAAGUUUUAAUAAAAGCAAAAUUAUAAAAAUAUAUUCAGAGAUGUCAGUUGUCAUAUCCUUAUUAAAAAAAAACAAACAUUAAAUCAGCGUACUUUGGAUAGGCAAAGAAUUUUUAUCGUAAAAUUGGCGUCUUCUACACGAUUUGAGAGAAGGAAGAAAGAAAUGAUGAAGAUGAUUGGAUCUGUAGAGGAACAUCAAAGGCAAUUAAU